AUGGUCGCUCUCGGUAACGGUCACCCGCACGGAGGCGGUCACGGACCAGGAGGACCGGGAGGACACGGUAGCUUUGGUCCCAGAGGUAGCCAAGGCGGCUUUGGACCAGGUGGCCAAGGCGGAUUUGGACCAGGACAUCAGGGUGGUUUUGGUCCAGGAAAUCAUGGAGGUUUUGGUCCAGGAAAUCAGGGAGGACCUGGUAACCAGGGAGGAUUUGGACCCGGUGGCCACGGCGGACAAGGAGGAUUUGGUGGUCAAAAUAGUUUUGGAUCUAGAGGCGGUCCAGGUGGUCACGGUGGUCACGGUGGUCACGGUGGUCACGGCGGUCACGGUGGUCACGGCGGUCACCGUGGCGGGCAUUAA